UCAUAACUUAUAUCUUCUACCCACGGGGACGAAGUCGCGGGCAACAGCUAGUGGCUUUAUAAGUGAAUUUCUUAGUCUACAACAAACAUGAAACAAUUGAGGGUAAAACAAAAUAACUCUGAAGGCAACAGUUAUUUUGAACCGAAUACCUCAGUUUGAAAUUACCAAUGUUUGUGAAACAGUAAUUAAGUUUUAAAACAAAAGAAUAAAGUGAAUAUUCUUUGAAAAUUGUGUGAAUAUCAUGAAUAGAUCAACAUUUGGUAGGAAAUCUUUGAAUGGGCAGCGACCCCGGGUGGAUAGGUUCAUAGCUCCACGAGAUCACUUCCCGGGGCUCUGCAGGAGGAUGACGUGGGCUGUCCGGGAGAAGACCGCCGAUGACGUUUGGUAUACAAAAUACCUGCAGCAGAAAAGAUACGCGAACUAUUUAGACGAGGCCUUCGGUCUGGAGCCGAUGAAGCCGGAGCCCUUGAAGCAGGAUGAGGAGGAGGCGGUGCAGCUGUGGCCAUGCGUGCCGCGGAAGCGGAGCUACCUAUCCUCAGCUGAUAGCAUCCUGGACCUGCCUACAUAUAGCUAUGCCGCCUUUCCAGAGCUCCUCGACUGGUCUAACGACAACAUACUAGUGGCAGCACUCGGCAGGAACUACCACAAGUGGUCGUGGAGGACGCAGAGCCUCAUCAGCCAAGGGUUCACUGAGGACCACAUACACUGCUGCAAGUUCGAUCCAAAGGGAAAGCUGCUUAUACUAGGUACAGACUACAAAACGGUGGAGGUACACGACAACGCCCAGAGCAAGUGCGUCGCGAAGAACACCUGUCGAUGUGAGGAGGGGACGCAGUACCAGCAGGGACACGCCUGCUCUAUCACGGCUAUGGACUGGAGUCCUACUGGGAACUCCUUUGUCAUCGGCUGCUCCCACGGGACAUUAAGCUCGUUCACGCGCAACGCACGAGCCAUCAGCAGCUGCAACGCGAACCGCAACGCCAUCUUGGUCGCGAGGGUGUCUCCAGACGCCAGGUACGUCACGGCGGCUGCUGUCAACGAUGAUGACGUGCUGGUGUUCACGUGGCCCGGGUUACAGCUGUUCUCCAGUCUAAAGUCGGAUUGGACUAUUAAGGCACUUACAUGGCAUCCCUGGCGCAGUGCCCUGCUCGGUAUCGGAGCAGUCACAUCGAGCCUGAACGCUCGCGUGGCGCUGUGGGACGCGCCCACAGGGAAGGUGCGCAAGCGGACCCUGGGCAGGAACCACUACAGUCUGGACGCGAUGCUGUUCAGCAAGAGAACUGGCGAGCUGGUGCUCAGCCUAUGGAAUACAGACAGGGAGACGUCUGCGCCUAAGACUUGCUCUCAGCUGGUGGUGAUGAGCGACCCCGACACGGUGGUGGACCAGUGGGGGGAGGGACGCUCCGGUCUCGACCGCGUGCGGACCAUGGUCUUCAGCCCCGAUGGAACCAAACUUGCAACAGCGACAGCAGACGAAGACCUGAUCAUCUGGAACUUUCUCCCAGAGGACAAAAGAAAAAGAAAAAAGUCUUGCAAGAAGUUCUCGGCGAUACCUGUGUAUUUAGACAAGGCCACUAGUGGAGUCUCCUUAAGAUAGUCUUAUUAUGUAUUCUUAUUUAUUGCUAUACCAGUGCUGGAUCUUGUUAUAAAUUUGUUUAUAUGGAAAUAAAUUUUAUUU